UCUACGCAUGCGCUCUGCUCAGGCGUGCUCCUCCAGCGGGGAACUUGUCGGCGAGGGGGGAAAUUUUGCAAGUCAUGGUGGGCCAUCCAAGACGAGCGGGCUAUGACAACAUUAGGGAAAUCUACGGACAAGAAGUUGCUUUUUGCGGAAGUGAUUAAGGAAUGCUCUUAAUGUGUAACAUCCAGGCGCUGACAUCUUUGUAUCAGUAAUCUCUUCAAGUUGGAAAAGCUUUCAGAGACUGAAAACUAAAUGGUGGAUCCAGGUGUCUGCUUCACAGAGUAGACAUUCGCCGCCGAGGGCAUAGGAACCGUCAUUCAUUUUCCUGUUGAUUUUUUUUUGUUGCCUAUGUGUAACAGGCCAAUGUCUGUGUAAACACAGAAGAUAAUCUUUUUUAUGUGUCUUCUUUACAUUUUUAUUCCUCUUAUGGAUUAUACAAAACACUGACUGCAAGUGUUCCAGCCUUACCCUUGUUUGUGUUAGAUUUUUGUUUUUGUUUUUUGUUUUCAUUUUUAUUUCCUUUGCAAAGAAAUGCUUUACCUGAAAAAGUACUUCACAGAGGGUCUGAUUCAGUUCACUAUCCUCCUGAGUCUCAUUGGGGUGCGGGUGGACGUGGACACCUACUUAAGCAAUCAGCUUCCCCCGCUCCGUGAAAUUAUCCUGGGCCCUAGCUCAGCCUACACCCAGACGCAGUUCCACAACCUCCGCAACACCCUGGACGGCUAUGGCAUCCAUCCAAAAAGUGUGGACCUGGACCACUUUUUUGCCAUUCGUCAGCUGCUGAACCAGGUGCACUCUCUAGAUCACCUGCGCGUGCCCAGUACUGAGCUGAGCGCUUGGCUGGUGCACCGUGACCCGGAGACUGUGGUGUCUGCAACCAGCCAGUCCGGUCCCAGCAUUGCCCUGGACAAUGGGGGUAGUCUGGAGGAUGUGAACAACCCUGAAGCCUCGGCCAUGAGAGGGGCCGGCAGUGCUUCUGAGUCGACCUACAGCCUUAGUGGAGAGGACAGUUUGGGUGCAGUGGCACCUGAGAACAGCCAGGAGCAAGCAGACAGAGAGGAAAGUGAUGAUCUUUCUAAAGAGGACAUAGACCUUAUAGAUAUCCUCUGGAGGCAGGAUAUUGACCUCGGGGCUGGACGGGAAGUGUUUAACUACAGUAGCAGACAGAAGGAUGGUGAAGCAGAUAAACCUAAUGAGGAGCAGGAGGAGGCAAGUGUACGAGAGGACUGGAGAAAUGGAAUCAAUCUGCAGGAGGGUCAGAGCUUGACUGUUGUGGAUGGAGAGACUGGAGAGAGCAUACCUGAGCAGCUCUCCAGCCUUGGUGCACAGACCUCAAUGUCCCUGCAAGAAUGCCUGAGGCUUCUAGAGGCCACUUUCCCUUUUGGAGAGGAAUCAGAGUUCCAGGCUACAGAUGCUGCCCCUCAGCUCAGAGGUUCAACUGAAGAUGUUCCUUCAACAUCUCAAAGGCUUCCAUUGCCAGACCCCCUACCGCAAUCUGACGUACCACUGGACCUGGAACAGCAAUGGCAGGACAUUAUGGCUAUCAUGGAACUGCAGGACAUGGAGGUGAACAACACAGCAGAAAACAGCACUCUAAACAGCCAAAAUAACACUGGUCCUAAUACCACUGAAUCAGGCACAAUGUCAAAUUUUGGUCUUUCGCGAUCCAGUCUCAUCAACCAGGACGUGAGCCUCCACCAGGCCUCCCUCCCAAGCUGUAGCCAGGACCUUCCCUCUCUUUUCAACCCAGAACUUGAUCCCUCUGCGGGGCAGCGACCUGCACUGCUUAGGCUUGCCUCCAGCAAUUCAUCUAACGUCAACUCAACAUUUGGAGUCACUAACCUUACCGGGCUCUUCCUGCCACCACUCCUCAACAGCACCAGUAACCUAACCUCCACCCCAGUGUUGCCUGAUCCCUUUACCAGCCUGUUAGAGGAAUCCAUGCUGGAUGAAAUUAGCCUGCUAGACCUUGCCAUGGAAGAAGGGUUUAGCCAGGCCCAAGCCUCUCAGCUGGAACAUGAGCUCGAUUCAGACUCUGGUCUCUCUUUGGACUCUGGACACAGUCCGGUCUCUCCCAGCAACUCAGAGACAUCCUGUUCCUCAGCUGCCUCGACCUCCUCCACUUCUGCCACUUUCUCAGAGGAAGGGGCAGUUGGAUACAGUACAGAUUCAGAAGCGGCCACAGCUGAAGCAGAGGAGGGAGCUGUCGGAGGCUACCAGCCAGAGUACAGCAAGCUGUGUCGCAUGAGCUACCAAGAUCCCUCUCAUUUCCAUGGCUUACCACAGAUGGAGAGCAUUAAUCACAACCACACCUACAAUCUACCACUGGCAUCAUCAUCAUCAUACCCUGAGCAUUCUCAGUUGCUGGGAUCCUGCAGUAAAAAGGGCAGAGACAAGCAACUGCAGCAAACAAAACUGCAGCCACCACGGGAUUUCAUCGACAAGCAGUCUAGUCGUGAUGAACGUCGGGCCAGGGCUAUGAAGAUCCCCUUUUCCAAUGAAAAAAUUGUUAACCUUCCUGUUGAGGAGUUCAACGAGCUCCUGUCGAAGCACCAUCUCAGUGAGGCCCAACUUUCCCUUAUUCGUGAUAUCCGCAGGCGUGGGAAAAACAAAAUGGCUGCACAGAACUGUCGCAAACGCAAGCUGGAUACCAUCAUCAACCUCGAAAAAGGUGUGCAGGAUCUGCGGCGUGACAAGGCACGGCUGCUUAAGGAGAAGGUGGAGUACCUGCGCUGUAUCAGACAGAUGAAGCAGAAGGUGGAGAGCCUUUCUCAGGAAGUAUUGAGCCAGCUGCGUGACGAAGAAGGCAGACCUUACCCUGCUAGCGAGUAUUCCCUGCAGUACGGUACUGACGGUAGUGUUCUCAUCAUGCCUCGCAGCAUGACUACAGAGGAAGGCCGUAAGCCUGACAAGAAACAGAAGGACAAAAAGAAGUGAGAAGCUUGACCUGCUUUGUUCUUUUGUUGCAAAAGGCCCCACCACAAAAAAAAGAUUUUUAAAAGGUGGAAGAAAAAUGUCCUUUUUUCUUUGAGAAGAUUCUAGCAAGGAAAAGAAAAUUGCACUGUCGGUUACUAUUCCUGCAUUAGGUUUUCUUCCUUUUUCUUUCUUUGAUUCAGACGUUUUCUCCAGAAAACAAAUUUGAAGAAGUGCUUUUUAAGUACUGAUUAUUCAUUGUUUUACUUGGAAUACGAACAGAAUAAACAAAGGAUAGGAUAGGGUGGAUUGGUGGAAUCUAAACAGAGUGAAAAAAGCAAACCGCUACUAUGAAGGACACUGACAAAUUAUUAAUAAAGUGAAUAGAUUGAGGAAUCGACCUUAAUUUCAGGCAGGGCCCCAGAAACAAAAUGAGUGUGGGCUUGUUGAGAAUCUUUAGCCUUGGCCUGUGGUGUCUGAGCAUACCCUGAUGGUAGUCCUGUGAUAGUCCUCUGAUGAUGAAGAAGAGGGAAUUUCUUUCUGAAGAAGAAAAGUGGAGAAGAGCUCGCAAGUUGGAACCUGAACGUUUGAAGUGUGGUAAAACCAAAGGCAAAAAGAAGCCAAUACUAACCAAAGGUGGUGUUGUGCAUUUCUCUUGUUCCUAAUUCCAUCAAGGUGGUUACUUGGUGUAUCUAAACCAAUGUAUUUUCAAUCACACAUACA